AUGCCACGGGAAGCUCACCAAGUGAGGACGGAAGCCGGGGAGAAGACAAGCAAGAAGGCCGUUAUUCGGGGGGGGAAACCCACGGGUGGCUACUCACCAAGCUCUGCGCACGGAACGACUCGUGAGGAUGGACUGAAUCACCCACGAAUACCACAGACCAUUGCCGGAGAUAGCCGACUGGAGUUAUGGGCGGGUGUGCUGGGCUGGCUAGCUGCUGCUCAAUCAAUUGCUGAUAAGCAGACAAGAGAGCGGUAUGUGGUCCGACAAGCAGCUAACAAGAAAGAAGAAGAAGAAGGCACACUUUGGGUUGGGGAUCGGGAGAAAGGAGGGGAAGGAAGGAUGACUGAUGGAUGGAAAUGGGGAUGGGAGUGGAUUGGGUGGUGUAAGGCUGUACUCUCCGAGGGGUGUCAGUACGAGCAGGAACCGCAGCAGUUAGUGGCUCUGCCGCAGCAAGGAAACGCCCUAAUAGUCUGCUGUUGCACGGGGAGCACCAGGACUGAACAACUAGCAGGAUCGCUCGCAGUGGUUGUUUUUCGUGUCUUUCUUUUCACUCACUGA